CAAAAAGCAAAUGUGCUGACCUCAAAAGCCAACACGAAUUACACUGAAACGAUCAGUUCUUGCACACCUUCCUCCACUCCAAACUACAGUUGAGCUGACAGCGAUGAAUCCUUCAGGUUACCCGGCUGAAGUCGUUCCCCUGCAGGGGGGGAGGCAUGAUGGGCUCCCUGGACAGCCCAGUGCACCUACGAUGGUUCAGUACACCACUGUGAACAUCACCACUGAGCCCCCCCCGGACUACAUCAUCUGGUCCCUCUGCUGCUUUGUCAACUCAAACCCUUUCUGCCUCGGACUGGCAGCGCUCAUCUACUCUAUCAAGGCCAGAGACCGAAAGGUGGCUGGAGACCUGGAGGGUGCCAGACACUACGGCUCCACUGCUCGCUGCCUCAACAUCGUGUCCACUGUGCUGGCUGCCGUCACGAUUCUUAUUGUUAUUAUUACAGUUAUUGUAUUGUGUGUAGAAGCGAAUAGGUACGCAUACCAAUACCGAGGCAACUAUUACGGAUAUUUAAAAAAAUGGCAUAAUUUCAAAUAGUGAUAGAGUUGCCUGCUGCUGUGGCUUGGUGAUACUUGUGGUUCUCUGCUUAACGCACAUGGCACAGUUUGUAACUUUUUAUGCCCUUUUACUUAUACCCUUGAGCAAAACAGACACUUAACAUUCAUUGGUGUUAAAAAGUCCUAAAUGUAACUCCACAUUUCCUUAAUAGCAGCCUGUAGUCAAGUUUGAAUGCAAGACUUUGUUAUUAAAGUCAGAUUUCCUGUCAGGGAGGUCUGCAUCUCAGCAACAGUUUAAUUUUUUAAUAAAUGGAAGUUUGUCUGCUUCGUUAUUCUUAGAAAUGUGGUUGUGAAAUUUUGAAGGUAAAAAGAUUGUGGUUGUUUUCAGUGCUUGCAUUUUUUCCUAGAACUAUAGAGUUACACUUGUACUGUGUUGAAACAUGUCAUAUCCCUUUUGCCUGUCUAACAUCUAUAUUUUGAAAACCACUGGCCUGUAGCCUGUUGGACCCGCCCUCCUGUAACUUUCCAGUACACUAACAGUUGUGUACUGGAAAGCCAAAAUCCAC